AUGUUUAUGAAGCCAUGGGUAUGGUUUAUGAGUAAUGAAAGGGUCAAGGGGCGAUUACAAGACGAAGUACGGUGUGUUCUGGCGAACAUACCUCUGGAUGAACCAACGGACAGGGAGGCACUGCAAGUGAGAAAGUGAACCGAUAAACGAGAAACAAUAUACUAACAUAAAUAUAGGUUUUAGUUCAAGAUUUGUUAAACCCAUCUCCAGCUUCCGAAGCUCAAAAACAUAAAUUGAAGACCUUAGUCCAACAACCAAGAUCUUUCUUCAUGGAUGUCAAGUGUCAAGGUUGUUUAAACAUUACCACUGUUUUCUCUCACGCACAAACUGCUGUCACCUGUGACUCUUGUUCCACCGUUUUAUGUACCCCAUCCGGUGGUAAGGCCAAGUUAACCGAAGGUUGUUCAUUCAGAAGAAAAUAG